AUGGUUUCUUGGUUAUGGCUGUUACUAGUAUCAUUCCUUCGAAUAGAACAAGUAGCGUGCUACGACUAUGCUUAUUCAUUCACUGCUAAAGAACUCAAGGCUUACAAGCAAGAGGUGAAGGAGUUAUUCUAUUUUGGGUUCGACAGUUAUUUGGAGCAUGGAUAUCCAUUUGAUGAGGUGAGGCCCAUUUCUUGCGUGCCCAAGAAGAGAAACUUUGAGGACCUCAAUGACCACGUGACCAACGAUAUAUUGGGCAAUUUCACUAUCACGCUCAUAGACUCUUUAACGACUAUAGCUGUGUUGCAAGACAUGCCACGGUUUCGGGAAGCGGUUCGACUCGUUGAAAGAACUUUUCCAAACGGGGAGUUCGAUGUCGAUUCUACGGUGCAAGUCUUCGAAACUAGCAUACGUGUUCUCGGAUCUCUGCUUUCUUCACAUCUUUAUGCCACAGACCGCACAAAGGCGGUCUAUCUAGGCCAUGAAUAUGAUGGCUCGUUAUUGCGCCUGGCGCAGAAUAUGGCGGAUAGGCUUUUGCCUGCAUACUUGACGUAUACAGGGUUACCUGUACCACGGAUCAACGUUAAAUGGAAGUUCAACUUUCCCGGUUUCACGGAUUCUUUGGUGACAGAGAACAAUGUCGCAGCCAUGUCGUGCCCUAUGUUCGAAUUCACAAUUCUGUCUUACCUGACAGGUGACUCCAAAUAUGAAAAAGUGACCAGGUAUGCCUUUGAUAAGAUAUGGUCGCUCAGAACCGAUUUGGAUUUGCUGCCCAUGUCAUUUCACCCGGAAAAGUUGWCUCCAUAUACAUCCAUGACCGGGAUAGGUGCUUCCAUCGACUCAUUUUUCGAAUACGCCUUAAAGGGUGCCGUACUAUUUGAUGAUGCAGAAUUAAUGAAUGUCUGGAACGUGGCAUACGAAUCGUUGAAAACAAAUUGUAGAAAUGAUUGGCUUUUUGCCAAUGUAUUGGCUGACACGGGCCAAAUAUUUGUCCCUUGGAUAGACUCGCUAAGUGCAUUUUUCCCCGGCUUGCAAGUCCUUGCUGGUGAUUUGGAUGAUGCCAUCGCUAAGCAUUUACUGUUUCUAAAGAUAUGGAACACUUUUGGCGGUAUCCCUGAAAGAUGGAACUUCAGCCCCACAGAAAUCUUUCCUCCACUUUCACCAACGGAACCGCUAUCGGUUACGUUGAAGGCUAUCCUUCCCUUGGAAUGGUACCCGUUACGGCCGGAGUUUUUCGAAUCAACCUACUUCCUAUAUAGAGCUACUAAAGAUCCAUUCUAUUUGAAUGUCGGUGUGCACUUAUUAAGGGAUCUAAAACAGCGGUUCAAGUCCAAGUGUGGAUUUGCAGGUUUCCAAAAUGUCAUCACGGGCGAACUACAGGACAGAAUGGAAACAUUUGUCCUGAGUGAAACUUUGAAGUAUUUGUAUUUGUUAUUUGACGAAGGCAACGAAUUGCAUAAGAGCGGGAGCGAUGUAGUUUUCAGUACCGAGGCCCAUCCUAUGUGGCUGCCCCAAGAGGUGAGAUCCAAGUAUAAACGGGACGCUAAGUUCAGCGACUCUACUUAUUCGUCACACUUAAAAACCUGCUAUAAAAGAGACAGAGAGCUUCAAGCUAAAGAAAGUACACUAAGCCAAAGAAUUGUGGGAUUUGCCAGAUCAGUGUUUUCACAACAACCGGAAGAGGAACUUGCAAACUUGACUCCUAAUAACAAAACCAACUUUGAAGCUCCCGGCUUAUGUCCGAUAAUGCCCCGUCCUAGAAGUGAUCACGACACCUGGUAUUCUCCGUUGCUGAGUAAAUACAGCCGGCUGUUCGAGAUCGAUAGCCGGUACAAUGCUACAUUGAUAAAGCCUUCACACAUGCAACACUAUCGUGCCAUUGAGCUAGAACCUGCGUUCUAUAGCAGAUGGUCAAAUCCGCAGUUCAGUACGUGUCAGAUCGAGCCCACCACUGAAAUAUUCGAACUGCUCUUCGACCUUCCUGGAGUACACGAACAGAAUCCUUCAAUUGCAGACAACGGAACGAUCACGUUUGGAACAUUUGGAAGUAGGUCGAGGUUAAAGAUCGAAAAACUACAAAUCUACCAAAGUGACUACUACGGCGACCUAGUCACUGCAUCAACGUUCCAAGACAUCUCCCGCCGAGACACCUACUCCCACAUGUGCGAUACCACGGCGGAUUUGUAUUCUUCCGUGUUUCUCUACCGGGUGGUGGCCGUCAACGGACGUAUAGUGCCCCGACAUGGAACUGUCCAAAUUGAGAAACACAACUUUAUGCAUGUUUCCACCGACAUAGAAGAGCAAGGCACACUCAUAAUAGGGGGCAUAGGGGUCAACGACCAAGCACAACUCAUGCUAGAGUGCACACCCAUCUUAAACCUCCUCCUUAUAUAA